AUGUUUUUCAUCACAAGAUUUUUAUAUAUUUUAAAUAUUAUUGGGCAAAUCCGAAUAAUGAAUCAUUUUCUAGGACAAAAUACUCUAUUUUGGGGGGCUCACAUAUUAUCUGAUGUGAUUAGUGGAAGGGAUUGGGAAUUAAGUGGGAAUUUCCCUAGAGUUGCUUUAUGCGAUUUUACUAUAAGAACACUAUCAAAUAUUCAACGUUAUUCUAUUCAAUGUGUUUUAAUGUUAAAUAUGUUUAAUGAAAAAAUAUUUUUAUUUCUUUAUUGUUGGUUAAUUUUGGUUGGAAUAUUAACUACAAUAGACACUAUAAACUGGAUAUUAAAUACACGUGUUGCCAGUCGAAGAAUUUUUUAUUUUCGCAAAUUCAUCCCUUCUGUCGCCGUAGAAGAACGUUACAUAUUCCUCGAGUUUAGUAACAAAAUGAUUCGGGCUGAUGGAACAAUGCUUUUACGGAUGCUUAGUGCAAAUGGAGGGGAACUAUUCACCCAGGAAGUGUUAAACAUUCUCUGGCUAAAUUAUAGAAAACACGUUCAAUUACGUCAAGUAAUGUCUUAUAAGAGAGAGAAUGUUUCUUUAAAUAGUUUUGGAAGUUUUGAUAGUAUUCAAACAAACAGUAAUAAAUUAAAUGUUUUGGAAAAACAUAGGCGAAAUAAAUGUUUAACAAACAAAAACAACAAUGAACAAACAUCGUCUAUGUUUGUAGAAAAACAUGAGAAUAACGAAGAAAUAUUAAAUGAAACAGUAAAUGUUGAACUUGAAAAUAAAGAGAAAAAAUAG